UGUUCAGAGUAGAAAAUUUCCCAAACCAAGACAAAACCUGGAUUUAGAAAUGAAUACGUUUAUUACUGCUUGUUUUUAGGAAAUAGUAGUGAAUUUUGUUGAAUUUAAUUGUAUUUGUAGCUUGGUUUAUUGUUCUUGGGGAGCUACACCAUUGAAACCUAAAUUUUGUUGAGUGCCUCGUCCAGUCAGAAUGUCUGACGAUGCGGAGCAGCAAGCUGAGGAGAUAGAAGUGUUGAAGUCUAUUUACGAUGGCGACGAGAACUUUAAGCAAGUCAAUCCUAAAACAUAUCAGUAUAAGUACAUUGAUGGUGAGAAGUCAUUUAUAUUAGAAAUAUCAUGGGGAGCCACAUACCCCACAGAGAAGCCUAACUUUAAUCUAGAAAUCUUUUAUAAUCAACACUUAUUACCAGCAGUGAAGGACAAAAUCCUGUCAAUAGUAAACGAGGAAGCGGAGCAAUGGCUGGGCUGUGCCAUGACGUACACCUUGUUCGAGUGUCUGAAAGAGCGAGCGGCGGAGAUCCUGUCCGAGCAGUCAGAGGAGGCGAUAGUGGCGAGGGUCGAGAAGAUAGUUAUUGAGGACCAGGAGUCGGAGUCGAAGCAGGCGGAGAAGAAGGAGCAGCUGACGAAGGCGCAGAAGAGGCGCGCGUGGGACCGCGCCGAGAUGGGCCGCGCGGGCGAGCGGCCGCGGGGCUGGGACUGGGUCGACAUCGUCAAACACCUCUCGCACGUCCCGCACACGCCCACCGCGUAACGCUCGCCCGACACCUACAUAUACACACGCGAGCGGCCGCGGGGCUGGGACUGGGUCGACAUCGUCAAACACCUCUCGCACGUCCCGCACACGCCCACCGCGUAACGCUCGCCCGACACCUACAUAUACACACGCGAGCGGCCGCGGGGCUGGGACUGGGUCGACAUCGUCAAACACCUCUCGCACGUCCCGCACACGCCCACCGCGUAACGCUCGCCCGAUACCUGCCGCCAAACACUAGCGGACCUAGGGGGCGUGACUGAACACCUCUUAGGAUUAUUAUGACGUGAACUUAGCGAUUCAUUUGAUUAACGUUCCCAUAUAUGGCCGGUAUCCGUAAUAUAAAAUAUAUCAUCUGGUAUUUUCAAAUUUAAUAAUUUCCAUUUAUAAACAAGUUAAACUGCGCUAUUAGAAUGUCUUCAUUUGACAUGCUCUUUGUCUUCAUGAAAAGUAGCGUUUAAGAAGAUCUUUCUUGUAAAAUAAACGUUCAAAACUGAAUAUUGUGAGACAACUUUAUAAUUGUAUUUACGAUAAGAGUCAACUUCUCCAUCCCGAGAGCUAAGUCAAAUGAGCUGUAGGUGGUAGUAAAUGUUUAUUAACAUAUUAAAUGUGGAUCUGAUCUGUAUCUAUGUAUAUGUACCCUACAAGUAUUCGUAUUUAAAAAAUUGCUUGGGAACUGCCUAAUCGUAUGUACGUUGUCUAAUGUUGAAACAGCUUUUCUAGUAUUUUCUACUGGAUUUUUUGUAUAUUUUGUAUGAAAGAGCUCCUUUACUAAAGUUACUUGAUGUAAUUAAUGCAUAUUGUAAAUGAAAUAUAGUAAUAUUAUUAGAAA